CCUGGGGGGAGCAGCCAGUGCAGCUGCAGCCAUGGCGCCCUGCAGCUUCACCCUCCUCCUCCUCCUGCUGGUGGGACCCUCACAGUGGGGCCGGGGGUGCUGCAUGGCCAUCCCCCGGGAGGCUCCGGGCAGAGCCGUGUCCCAGCGUGGCCCCGCAGCCCCGCUGUCCAUCCCACAGGACACGCUGAUCUUCCCGGAGCACGGACACGGCCUCCGGCGGCAGAAGAGGGACUGGGUCAUCCCCCCCAUCAACUGCCCUGAGAACGAGCGGGGGCCCUUCCCCAAGAAGCUGGUGCAGAUCAAAUCCAACAAGGACAAGGAGACCAAGGUUUUCUACAGCAUCACGGGGCAGGGAGCGGACACCAUCCCCGUGGGUGUCUUCAUCAUCGAGCGGGAGACGGGGUGGCUGGAGGUGACAAAACCCCUGGACCGGGAGGAGAAGGAUAAAUACCUGCUCUACUCCCACGCCGUGUCGGCCAACGGGCAGCCCGUGGAAGACCCCAUGGAGAUCAUCAUCACCGUCACGGACCAGAACGACAACCGGCCCGUCUUCACCCAGGCAGUAUUCCACGGUUCUGUGCUGGAGGGAGCUAAGCCAGGCACAUCGGUGCUGAGGGUGCUGGCCACCGACGCAGACGACGCCGUGAACUCCAGCAAUGGCAUUGUGAGCUAUUCCAUCCUGAGCCAGGUGCCAGAGAAGCCCCAGCCUGGGAUGUUCACCAUCAACAGCAGCUCUGGGCUGGUCUCUGUGGCCAUGGCAUGGCUGGUGGCAGAGGUGGUCCCUGAAUACACCCUGGAGAUCCAGGCUGCUGACUCGGGGGGACACGGGCUGCGAGCCACUGCCACCGCCCACAUCAGGGUGCAGGCUGACGGCAUGUCUGAGGUGGGAAAGGGCACCCUGACCACCCACGUGCUGAACACGGCCACGGGGCUGCCAGCAGCUGGCAUUGCUGUCCGCCUGGCCCAGCUGCAGGAGCCAGGACUGCAGUGGAUGGAGCUGGCACAGAGGCACACGGAUGCGGACGGGCGCUGCCAGCCCCUUCUGGCACCAGGACAGGCCAAGGCUGGCACCUACAAGCUGCACUUUGAGACAGCUGAGUACUGGCAGGGACUGGGGCACACCAGCUUCUACCCCUUUGUGGAGGUUGUCUUCAUCAUCACCGACCCGGCACAGAAGCUCCACGUCCCACUGCUGAUCAGCCCCUACUCCUACACAACGUACCGGGGCAGUUAGAGGGGCACAGCCUUCCCCUGGGGAUGCAGGAAUGAUACCAUCGAGGCCAUUAAAAACUCCAAACAGCA